UUUGAGAGACUCGUGUGUUUGUUUUGUUGGAGGUGCUAGUCUGAUGUUGACUUGUCUUUGACGUUUUCGUAGCAUUUAAGCAAACGCCGCUCACUGACAACAUGCUGACGACGGAGGACUUCACUCGCUUCCCGCUCCUAAUGUGGGGAAAAGUGUUGUCUAAGGUAAAGAAAGCUGUUGUUUUUAUGGAUGACAGUUGCGCGGAAGCUCUGCACUGGAGCGGAGGAGCUGCUGCUUUACUGGAGGCAGGAGCGAGAAAUAUGAAGCAGUUCUCAAGCUUCGAAGCCUGUGGCGUGAAUGAGCCCAAAGCUGUGUUCGUUGUGAGCACUUUGCUAAAGGGGAGAACAGUCGACAUCAUCAAGGACAUCAUUUCCCUCAGUCACUUCCAGUAUUGUGUCGUCUUCACCACAGUUGCUCACUCUGUCCACCUGCUCGCCAAUAGUGUCACAGCAGAAAUGGACGGAAAGCCCGUGUUUGAGCAGUUUGAAGAAAAGCUCUGCGAGUGGAUGGGGAACAUGAACUACACGGCGGAAGUCAUGCACGUCCCCGUGGUUUUCACCCAAGUGUCACAACAGUUACUUGUCACACCCACAUUUGCUCACCUGUUUCCCCUUCUGCCCACUGACCUGGAGGCGAUAAAUGCAAAACGACCAGAGAAGAAGAGAUUUGGAAGCCUGACAGAUGUAGACAUGCACUCUCUCCCUCUCGAACUGCAGCUUGAAAUCAAAUCCUUGACCUCAGCUUUGAAUGCAAUGUUUGAAGCCACAGGUACCAGGGAGGAGAGCUUUGCUGUAGGGCCCAUGAGUCGAAUCUUAGCAGGUGAACUGUCCAGCCACCCUCAGGCUAAAAACAGAAGAAAAACAGCCACUAAUAAAGCAUCGAUCAUCUUUGUGGACCGGACAAUGGAUCUUACAGGAGCUGUUGGACACCAUGGUGACAACCUGGCAGAGAAGAUUCUGACUGUGCUCAAACCCUUACCUGGUCAUGUGACAGAUGUACAGGUGGACAUGCUGGAGCUCACCAGUCUACAGCGCACCACUCACUCCCAGAACACCCUAGCUCCCGGCUGCCUUGCACAAAACCAGUCACUAGUGGCACAGUCACUGUGGGAAGCCAUGCUGACCAGUAAACAUAAAGAGGGGGUGAUGGAGGUCCGACGGCAGUUGGUGGAAGCUGCCAGUAAGGAGAAGCUGCCAAUCAAGAUGAGCAUGGGCCGUGUGACUCCUGAGCAGCUGUGCUCCUACAUGCAGUUGUUCCGGAGCAGUUGGGGGGCAAUAGAGAGUCACUGUGGGGUGCUCCAGCUGGGACUGGCCACAGCCCAGACACUCCGCCAUCCCAGCCUGCCCCACUGGGAUUGCUGCCUGGCCUUUGAGCGGCUCCUGCUGCAGGCUCUUGGAGAUUCUGAUUUCCCCACGGUGCUGAGGCAGCUGCUGCCCUUGAUGAAGCCCCAUGGAGGUGACGACAGCUCAUCCUCAGGGUCAAGGUCCAGGAAAGAUGAGUGUGGGCCUGACGAGCUGAUCCUCCUCUUGGUUUACCUGUACUCUCUGGCUGAUGAGGCACUGUCUGCAGACCGGAGCACAGAGGAGGAGGAGCUAGAGAAGCUGGAAAGGGACCUAAUAGGAGCACUUACCCUGGUCAUCACACGAGAGACAGAGCUCAGCCCCUUGCUUCAGAAACUCACCGGUUGUGCAAAUCCAGAGGAGCUGACCAUAGAGCGAGCCCACUCUGCAAUGGAGGACAUGUUCAAGACCCUCCAAGGUUUAAGCCACACCAGAGAUCACCUCAAGCAGCUGCGCUCCGUCUAUACGGCCAGCGAUGGAGUUCACCAGGCAACUUAUCGUCCUUUCCUGCGCCAAAUCCUGGAGGAAGUCUUUCACCCCGACAGAAUUGAAUGCCCUGACAUCGAGCAUAUGUCCGGAGGUCUUACAGACCUGUUAAAGACCGGCUUCAGUAUGUUCAUGAAGGUGAGUCGUCCACAUCCCAGCGACAACUCUGUGCUCCUGCUCCUUGUGGUUGGAGGCGUCACACCCUCUGAGCUUCGUCUCAUCAAAGAGACUGUUUCCGCACUCAAGCCUGGGACUCAGGUGCUGGUUGUGUCGACCAGAUUGCUGAGGCCGACAGAUAUUCCCGAGUUGCUCUUCACCACCAAAAGACUUACGCCUGAUAUUGGUGUAUAAAGGACAAUCAUCAGUGAAAUGGCUCCUGCACUGCAAACAAAGGCUGUAAAUGGAAAAAAAAAUCAAGGAACACAAGCUGCAUUCCUGCUUUGUUUGUUAAGAUAGUAAAAGAUCCGGUGUGUAACAUUUAGGAAGGUUUUUUUUUUGUCGGAAUUUUAAUAUACUGCCCAACAGUAUGUUUCUAUAAUCACUUAAAAAUGUAAAAAUCAUUUAGCAUUUGAAGCCUUUUCCACGUCCUUGUUAAUUACCAUUUGAUGUCACUAAUUCUUUACACUCUGGUCCUUUUGAAUUCAAGACAGAACUGUGAGAGAACUUGUUCAUGUUUUAAAUGUUGCCCGGCGCCAACACACCUGAUUCAAAUGAAGGGCUCGUUAUCAGGCUCCUGAUAACGAGCCCUUCAUUUGAAUCAGGUGUGUUGGCGCCGGGCAACAUUUAAAACAUGCAGCACAGGAGGACUGGGAGACACUGGGUUGGCUUUAUCUUUCUUGGAAAUGGUAAAUAAAUGAUAUGUUCAUGUAGGUGACAGAACAAUGUCACAUCUUUCGAAGCACCCGGUGUAAAAUGACAAGAUUAUGAUUUAGAUACAUUAAUAAUAAAUAAUAUAACUCAACAAUGACUAAUA